CGCAUGCUUACAGUUAACUCCACAUCCUCCGGUCCGUAAUUCCGGUUCAUGAACAGCCUGGGUCUCGAGGAGUAGGAAGACACACCGGGGAGCUCGCUCACCUCAGUCUCCGUCCCGUGUCACACAUGUUCUGCUGAGGACGCGCUCCCCAACCGACAAAAACCGACCAUGUCCACUGGGUCGCUUAGCGACGUUGACGACGAGCUCCUGGACGGGAUCCUGAAGUUCGGCUCUUCCGGUAAAGACUCCGGUACGUCGAACGAGAGUACCGGGGAGAGUUCGAACUGCGAAGGCGGCUCGGCCAACGACAAAACAGCCCGGGGAAAGAAACGGAAAACAGGGUCAGGUAGGAAAACCGCGCUGAAUGGCGUGGCGCACGAUGGGGGCGGCAAGCAGCCGCAGAGGAACGCGGCCAACGCACGGGAGAGGGCAAGGAUGCGCGUGCUAUCCAAAGCGUUUUCCCGUUUGAAGACGACUUUACCGUGGGUCCCGCCGGACACCAAGCUCUCCAAACUGGACACACUUCGCCUCGCCUCGAGCUACAUAGCCCAUCUACGGCAGAUCCUCGCCAACGACAAAUACGAGAACGGAUUUAUCCACCCGGUGAACCUGACGUGGCCCUUCAUGGUCGCCGGGAAACCGGAGAAUGAUUUGAAAGAGAUGCUCAACACCACCCGGUUGUGUGGAACAACCGCCUCGUGAUGUAACGGAUGGACAUGACAUGAACAUUAACCGUCAAGGGAUGGACAUGAUACAUUUUUGGGGAAUUUUUUCAGAUGGACAGAAAUGCACCUCAUCUCUCCUAAACCAAAUAAUGAGUGGGAAUACCGGGAGAGCGCACGCUCUCUCACGCGCUCCGAUACAGAGAAGCUGAUUUUAUAUUUAAAGUGUUCACAUGUUGCCUUUGCUGGUUCGAGGACAUAUUGUGUUUUGUAUACGUUUUUAUAAUCUUUAAAAAAUGCUUAUAAAAAAAACAAACUUUGUCACACGAGUAUUUGUUUUACAGAUGAUGUUGUCAGUGCACAUGAAACAUGUCUCAAUAUCCUAUCUGAAUAGACAGAUUUUAUACGAAUAAAAUGUAUUCAUCGCAUCA